AUGACUCCAACCCUGACUGAAAGGUACGAGCAAGUGGGUAAAAUUGAUGCUCAGGCACGCUCCAGUCUCUUGAAGCCCAAUCCACAACUCGAUCAUGCCCUGAGCAACUCUGCUGCCAACGGUCUACCCCCUAUUUCCGUCUCGGACCUCCAAGGCAAAUUCCUCGCUCUCCAAUGCCAGCUCAUCAACGCGAAAUCUGUUCUUGAAGUAGGAACAUUAGGGGGGUACUCCACGAUCUGGUUCGCCAGCACUGGUGCAAAGGUUACCAGCAUCGAGAUCAAUCCGAAACACAGAGAUGUUGCGCUUGAAAACACCAAGGGAAUGGAUGUUGAGAUCAUUCUGGGUGCUGCACUGGAUGUCAUGCCUAAGCUUGCAGCUGCGGGGCAGAAGUUCGAUUUCAUUUUCAUCGAUGCGUCGUGGCAUGAACAAUGGGAGUAUUUUGAGUGGGCAGUGAAGUUGAGCAGGCGGAAUGGCUGCAUUUAUGUCGAUAAUGUGGUCAGGGAGUUGAUGGAGAGUGACACGGUGGACGAGGGUGAGACGUUGGUGACCAAAGUGGGUAGAGACGACAGAGUGAAUGCGACUCUUAUAUCCACGAUCUCGAGCCACAAGAAAAAUGCCGAGGAGAUGGUUGAUGGGUUUAUCCUAGCAGUUGUCAAGGAUGGCCAGUAG